GUUCAGGACCCGGGCGGUCAUGGCGGUGCUCGGUGUGAGCGUCGGGGAGUUUGAGCAGUGGCUGGGCGGCCGGUUGGACGGACUCGGCGCGGACCGGGAGGUCUACAGCAGUUAUAUACUCGGUGUACUGCGGGAGGAGGAGAACGACCAGGAGAAACGAGACGCUCUUAUCGGCAUCCUGUCCGCUUUUGUGGAUGAAGACACGCUCGAGGAGGUUUGUGAAGAGAUACUAAACCGGUGGACGGAAUUCUUCUCUCAAACCAACAAAAUCGUUCAGGCUGAAGAUGAGGUUCAGGCCAUCGCCAGUCUGAUCGAGAAGCAAGCCCAGAUCGUGGUGAAGCAGAAGGAAGUGUCUGAGGAGUCCAAGAAGAGGAAAGAGGCACUGCUGGCUCAGUAUGCCAAUGUGACAGAUGAAGAAGAAGAGGAGGAAGACGAGGAGACGCCGCCAGGAUGUGCAGGAAUCCCCAGUGACAAAUCCCUCUUUAAGAACACCAACGUGGAGGAAGUGCUGAACCGGCGCAAGCAGCAGCGGGAGCAGGCCAAAGAUGACGCUCAGAAGAAAAAGGAGCAGGACAAGAUGCAGCGCGAGAAGGACAAGCUCGCUAAGCAGGAUCGCAAGGACAAAGAGAAGAAGCGCACACAGAAGGGCGAGCGCAAGAGAUAGACGAGGGAAUCUGCUCUGGACUUUUAUACCAGGGACUCCUUUAUAGACUGCACUCUGGGGGUGCGCUGGUUUUUUGUGGUAGAUUUUUAAUACAAGUAACAUGCAGACAGUCACUGGCUUACUUUGUGGUGGACAAAUUGAAAAAGCGAACAAAUUAAACACAAAUGUAACUAGGCUAAAAAUAGGUUACUAGCUUUCUAUCACUCAAGAUGAUGUGCUGUUUGGCUAGCUUACUGCAUUACUGAAGCUGUGGUUUUCUUGGAGAUGUGAUUUUAAAGCGUGCAGUGACAGAACUAAACAAACUACAGAACGUUAUGAGUUUAAUUAAUCAUUAAUCAUGAGAUUAAUUUAAUUAAUCAUUAAUCCAUGCACCAACCCAGUGCAUCAUGUCAGAUUGUGGAAUUUCAUUCUUGAGGGCCUGAGAGCGUAUAGAUGCCCAUUGUGGCCAGUUUCUCAUCAGCCACGUCAUUUCAAGAUCAAAGCAGGAGAAUGUUGAUUAUCUUCAAGUGGAAUUAAAAACCUGGUAGUGUGUGCUGCUGAUUUGUCUGGCCCUGUAUGAAGUUUUAGAUUACAUUUAUAUCUUCCACUCAUUCAAAGAUUUUAGUAAAGGAGCUACGCUGCUAUUAUAUGCAUUAUCAGAGGUCUGUAUGAAACCGGAAGCUUAUUUUGUUGUCGGCAUUUUUUCUCAUGUUAGUUCUGUAACCAGAAAAUCUAAACUCUUGAAAUGUCUGCCCAAGGCCAGGGUUUCUUUUACAUCCACUGCCUGGCUAAAGUUUCUAUUAUUAUGAAGACAUUGACAUAAACAAUGUUGCUAAUAAGCUUGUUUUUAAACUCUGAUGCAGCUUAAGAAAAUAACACCAGCAAGCAGCCCUUUAUACAGUAAGAGAAAAAUCUCAUAUGGGCAUUUAUAUGUUUUAUUGGUGCUUAAAUGAUCCCUCUGGUCAUUAGAAAAAAAAGAAAGCUCUGAUACUUGAGGCUGGCCAUAGAUCACUGCAAUGCAAAAGCUGUCUUUACACUGGUAGCAAAGCCCCACCAUUGCCUCUGUUGGACCCUUGAGCAGAGCCAGCUGCUUCUUUUUACUUAACAGUGGCAGAUUACUACAGAGAGUCUCAAUGUCAGAUGUUGUGUCUGGGUGAUUUGUUUUUAUUCUUCAUUUACUCGGGAGUGACUCGGCAGGCUGCUAAUACAGUAAAAAGACUUUAUUACCGAAAGACAGAAUCUGCUCCCUGUUUGCAUCGAACAAAAAAUGUAAUUUAUAUAAUUACCAUGUGUGUGUGUUUUGAGCUAACGAAUCAAUUUUGCUUCAGAACCGGUUGCUUUGGUGGUAAAAUAAUCACUGAAUUCUUCAACCCAGUACCCAGUGUUUUCUGGGAAGCUGUGCAGUAGCACAACUGGUAAAGUAGGUGCUGCAUAGCAUUAUGGGUCCUGGGUUCAAUCCUUGCCUUUGGUCACUGGCUGUAAGGAGUAAGGCCUUUGUGCUUUUUCAUGUGGGUCUGUCAAAAAUGCAGAAGGUGGAUUAGCUGCUCUACAUGUAAGAGAAUGUGUUUUGCUGGGUAUGUUCUGCCUGUUUAUAGGUCGUUUUGGGGUAACUGGGUAAAGCAGGUUUUAGUUUGUUUGGGAAAAUGAUGAAAUGAAAAUCUAUAGGUGGUGAGUUACACUCUACUGUGCAUGAACUGCAUUUUACAAAGACGUUGUAGGAAUGGAACUAUGGAACCGUAUGUGGAAUAUGGAAUCGUUUCGAAUGCUUCUGUGUACUGACUUGUAAAAUAAGGAAAAGCAUUUUGAAUGAAGGUAAAUUUGCUCUCCUUCACACACUAAAUGUGCCACUAAUGUUUUUGAAACUUUUCUGCUUGCAGUUAAUUGUUAAUCUGAGACGGUGACGUUUUAAUCUCGGCCCCCCAGUCUGUGUGUGCUGAAUUUUAAUGGGUGCAUUUUUAUUACCUUUGCAUAUAACUAUAAAAUGGUCAUUUUUAAGCAUCA